GGGGCGGGGCAAAGGGCUUGGCCGGCGCCCGGUCCCGCCCCAAACGUUCGGGGCUUCGUGGGGAGGGUCCCGGUCGCCGCCUGGGAUCACCUAGCUCGGGGCGUUGUAUGGGGCUGUUGGGGCGGAGCGGGACGUGCGAAGAUUCGAGCAAAGAAGAUCACCUGAGGCCUCUAUUCAUCAUGGAACUGCUCGAAUCCUGGAACACUGACAAAGGGAGCUUGAAGGAUUCAGGGGAGCCCUGACCCAGGCACGGCUCAAUGGCCCUGGGUGAAGAAAAGGCAGAGCUGGAAGCACCUGUGGACACGAAGUCCCAGUCCUUCAGGAGGUGGAGCCUCAAGGAGCAAGAGAAGGGCCCUGAGCCAGAGCAGCCUCCAUGCCAGGAAGCUGAAGGAGGGCCUGCCUCUCCUGUGUGCAGGACAGAGGGGCAACCUGCCCUUUCCUGCUGGGCUGGGGCUGACCCUAGCAACGCCUCUGGAAUUUACCUGCCACAGGCCAGUGUGGCCAGGAGAGCAGUGGUAGCAAAUGGGCCUAGGCCUGCCCUUGGUGUCCUGCUUCCUCCUGCCAUCACAGGGACCGGAGACCUUUUGCAUCCUGUGGGAAGCCAGAUGGAGGAGACGAAGCUUUCUGCCUCUCGGGGGCUACCUCAAACUGUUAACACCCCCAGAACUACAGCCCUUUGCUCAGGACACAAUGCUGAUACUGAAGAUGACCCCUCCCCAGUUGAUUCACCCCAGGUGCCAGGCCUCAGCCAGCAGCCUCCCAUCUCAGGUGCCCCUUUCCCGUCACAGCGGAGGUCCAUGGUGAGCUCAGGUGCUGCUGCUCCUCGGCUCUGCAGCCCUAGUGUCUCUGCCUCGCCCACGGGCAGCAGUCUCCAGGGUUACCAAGAGAAGGGAGAGCCUCUGAGUGGCUCCCUUGCCAAGGUCUCCUCCUCCCUGGAGCUGGCUGUCUCCCAGGAGCCCCACACUGUGGGGGCAGCAGGGCCUCGGCUGCAGUGGUCCCCACACCCUGUGGCCUCUGGGGGUGACACUGCUGGCCCAGGCAGGAGGCACCUCUCCUUCCAGACAGAGUAUUGGGCCUGUGUGCUGCCCAAUUCCCUGCCUCCUUCUCCCGACCGCCACUCCCCGCUCUGGAACCCAAAUAAAGAGUAUGAAGACCUCCUUGACUAUACUUACCCACUGAGGCCUGGGCCUCGGCUCCCGAAGCAACUUGACAGCCACAUGGUGGCUGACCCUGUCCUGCAGGACUCAGGUAUAGACCUGGAUAGCUUCUCUGUCUCCCCAGCAAGCACCCUCAAGUCACCCAUUAAUGUCUCCCCCAAUUGUCCACUAGCAGAGGCUCCCACUUUACCAUUUUCUGGGCCCAGAGAACCAGGCCUUAAGCAGUGGCCCUCUAGGAUACCCCAGAAGUGGGGCAGCAUGGGCCUGGCACCUUGGAGCCAGCUUUCAUCAACGCCUAAAGGCCCAGGCCAUGGGGAUGCUCCUUGGAAGGGUAGAGAGACAGCUCUGAGGGGCGUGAAGGAUUGGCCACCUAUGAGCAAGCACCCCAAGGUGCCCUCACUUCCCCAAGUGAGGACAAGAGACAGAGGGUGGCCCUCACCCAGGACAGAGAGGGACAAGAGGGCCAGCCAGAGUGUCUUUCACCCUACCUGCAUGGAGUCUGGAUGGAAAUUGGAAGAGGUGGAGGAAAGUGACGAGUAUCUUGCCCUGCCCACUCGGCUGACACAAGUUUCUAGUUUAGUUUCGUAUCUAGGCACCCUACCCACUGGGGCUGCUGAGGGACAGAGCUCUUUUGAAGUGUCGGACAGUAAUGGGCCAGCUUCCUUCCCAUCAGAUUCCAGCCAAAGCCAGCUUCCUUCUGGGGCUGCCUUCCAGAGGUCUGGGGCCUCUGAAGGCCAGAACCUGCACAACUUUGUGUGUGCCCAGGACUCUGCAGGAGAAGACAGUCUGGUGAACAACCAGGCCCUGAGGGUCUCCUCUGGACUGCUAAAAUCACACCCCUCACCAACUGUGUUGGACAAGUGGCCCUUCUCAGACCCAGAUGCUGAAGGGCAUCUUCUCAGGAAAGCAGAAGAACAGAGGAAAGACUCGUUGGUCCAGUGUGUGCAGACAUUUUGCUGUCAGCUAGAAGAGUUGAUCCACUGGCUGUAUAAUGUCACAGAUGUCACUGACCUUGGGACUCCGCCCCAGUCCAGUCUUACAGGUCUCAAGUCUUCUCUGCAAUUUUACCGGCAAUUUAAGAGAGAUAUACAUGAGCAUCAGUCCUUGACAGAGAGUGUCCUAGAGAAGGGGGAGACACUUCUUCAGUGCCUGCUGGACAGUACCCCAGUUUUAAAGGAUGUCCUUGGGAGGAUCUCGAAGCAGUCUGGUGAACUGGAAAGCCACGCAGAUCGGCUUUAUGACUCUAUCCUAGCCUCUAUGGACAUGCUGGCUGGCUGCAGCCUCAUCCCUGACAAUAAGCCAGUGGCAGCCACGGAGCCCCCACAUGCAGGGGUUUAACCAGGCAUCUUCUUCAGCAAAACUGCAGUCGCCAGCCAAAGGUUGUUCUUGGGAAGAAAAUGUUCUCAAGUCCUGGCAAGAGUCACUUAACAGUUAAAUUAAGGAGGAAAUUUUAAUAUACUAGCUUUAAAAUGCCUUUCUCUUGUAGAAGUAAGGGCUGUUGAAGUUACUGGUUUGUUUUUUUUUGGUACUGGGGAUCAAACUCGGGUCCUUGCACUUUCAAGGCAGGCCACGGAACCACUGAGCUAAAUCCCCCGGCCCUGAAGUUACUGUUUCUAUUUACAAUGAGUCCUUCCAGACUUAAGGUUUUCCUUUUGGUGCUUCUCUGUAAAAAGCAUGUGGCUUUGCAAUUUUUGAUAAAAUAGUAAAAUUUACAGGUCUUCUCUGUUCAGUUAAAAAAAAAUUGCGGACAAAGCUCCUAACUCUUCUACCUGUUGAGGUCAUGGAGAAGACGGCUUUGAGAAAGAAGAUUCCAGGCCCAGGGAUUUAGCUCCGUGGUGUGGCACCUGCCUUACAAGCAAAAGUCCUGAGUUUGAUCCUCAGUACCAGGAAAAAAAAAGAUUCCAAAUACAGUACUUGGUAUUCCCAGGCAUAGAAGGGGACUCAUGAGACUGAAAAAGCAGUUGAUUGACCAAAAGCCUUGGGUCUUUUCAGAAAGUUAGGCUCAGGUUUUAAAUUUCCUCUUUAAAGACUUUUUUAAAAGCGAUUUUAGCCACUGAUCUGUAGAAGGAAACUGGUAAGCGAGUAGAACCUCUACAGACUACUUUGAGCACAGGUGAUAACACUUUGCUGUGUUCUGUGGCUGACGUCUCCACCUUCCUGCCUAACUGAUUCCUUAAAAGAAAGCCGGGGAUGUAGCUCAGUGGCACACCUUCGUGGAAAGUGCAGGGUCCUGAAUUCAAUCCCGAAUAAGGGGAAGGGAAUGUGUCAGGGCAUCAGAAAACUACUGUUGUACUUCAGCUUUGUUAUGGAGCUUAUUAACAAGCUUAAGGGUGAUUCUUGGAGAACUCAACUGUCCCUUCUGUUCUCCCUUGGAAGACUACAGAAACUAAACCUGUCGGGAGUAAAAUCUUGGUCUUUUGGGAGUAGAUGUUAAGUACCUUGUCAAAAGAAAGAAAAAAAGUGUGUGGAUCAAUCAUUUAAAACAUCGAUUCGCUAAGUGGUUUUUUUUUUGGUACUGGGGAUCAAACUCGGGUUGUUGCGCUUUCGAGGCAGGCCGCGGAACCACUGAGCUAAAUCCUCAGCCCUCACUAAGUGUUUUGAAGCAAAGCAGUUAUUGCUAGUAACUGCAGAUUCCACGCACCAAAAAGAGCACUUUAAAAAGUUCUACUUGGGCUUUGAAUACCAAAUGGAAGCAAAAUACAUUAACAGUAUGUAAAGUUUUAUUAAAUGUGAUUUUUCUGCUCCAAAUUUCUUAGACUUUAGACACUGGAAAUAGCUGUUAAUUCUAAUAUUUAAUUGGCUAUUUAGGAGUAGCUACACAUAAAAUGCAGUAUUUCAAAUGCCUGUAGCAUAAUGUGGAUUAACCAUAAAUUUAAGAGCACAUUCAGAAUUAAACUUUUAUGAUUCUGCCAUCAUAUUUAUCUUGAUUCUAUAAAUGUUGAGAUUUUUAAAGACCAAAAAAAAUCUCCCUGGCAAAUAAUUAUCAAUUAUGUGUGCAUAUAUAUGCAUAUUAUAUUCACACAUAAUAACUAUAUUAUUUCUUUAAAGCCUAGAAUUGGUUUAAAAGGCAGGUAUGUGUGAUGGCCUCUACUCUCAAAUUGAUACAUUUGAUGUAGGUGUAAACUGGAACAUGCCUUUCCAGAGUAUGUUAGAGCAGCCCUUACAAAUUAAACCCAUUUGACAAGCAUGAAUAUGUCACUUUGGGGCCAGGAUUUAGCUCAGCAGCAUAGCACCUGCCUGGCAAGCAUGAGGUCCCCAGUUUGAUCCCCAGUUUGGUAUCGGGGAUCGAACUCGGGACCUUGCGCUUAGGCUUUCGAGGCAGGCGCUUAGAACCAACUGAGCUAAAUCCCGAGCCCGAAAUUGGCAUUUUUGAAGGUGAUAACCUUAUGGAAACAAGCUGACUAAUAUUACACCAGUUGAAUGUAGAAUAUGGUAUUCUUAUUCCCACUCACUGCAAUAAUAAUCAGCUUCAAGUGACAGGGAUUUUCAAUUUUAUUUUGGAAUACUGUUUUUCCCAAGAAACUGCUACCUUAUCUAGAGAUGAUCUAAGAUAUUUUUGUUCAUCUUGUUUGAAAUAAGAUGUGACUAAAGAGUACUCUCUGAAGCUGGAUGUAAAUGCCACCAGAGUAUUAACACGACUGUUAAUUACAUCUUCAGCUAUGCACAGUUUGAAACCUCUCUUAAAACUCAAGCUGAAAUUAUUUCACCCUAGGAAGAUGCUGCCAGUAGUAUUCCCAUCACCAAACACUGCCAGGUUAGAUUUAAGUAGCCAAGCAGGUUGGCACCUUGUGGUGCCAUAUUAAAUAAAAUUUCUUAGUAAUCCCUUAAAAUAAAUGGAAUUUGUCUAGAGGAAAGUGGCAAAAACUAAAGGUGAGCAAUUUCAAGACAGGGUUCUUGGGCCGGGGAUUUAGCUCACUGGUGCCACCGUCUGCCACACAAGUGCGAGGUCCCAAGUUCGAUCUCCAGUACCAAAAAAAAAAGACUGGGUUCUUGUUAUAAACACCUGGCUAAGCUCCAGCAAAUAGGAGACUUACAAUACAGGGCAGUUUUGAAGUUUAUGUGGGAACCCAAAGGUUGAUGUAAGAUAUCGUGGAAUGGCAAUGUAUAUGCUAAAAAGAAAUUUCUAUCCAAGGUCAGAGAACAGGAAGUUAGUGGUCAGACCAUUAUGGGUUUCCUUCUAUAAGGAUUUCCCAGUUUGCCCCUGCUUUGAACAUUCAUUAUGUAAACUAAAUUAUGGCAGCCUCUUAUAUUUAAAACAUGACAAGUGAUAAUUCCUUUCUAUGUGAACUAGUUAAAGACCACGGCAGCCUUGAAAUGUUUAUACUUGAAAAUGGGGUUAGAAGCAGGAAUAUAUUUUUUCAAAAAUGGAUUUAUUGGCAUAUAAAUAAAAGCAAAUAGUGAAGUAUGCUGAAAUGCUGUGGUAAGUCCUAAUUUUGACUGCCACAAGGAAAAGAACAUUGAUUUUCCAAACUAAGUAUGUAAAUAUGCUCAUAUAUCAAAAUAAAUUCAUGUAAUAUUUUCUGAUAACUUGCCAAGAAUAAGCUGACAGUUUGAACAACUUUUGCUAUAUAAUUCUAAAAUGCACAGCAUCCCAUUUAAUAGCCCAUCUGAUAUUUGUUUCAUGUCAUUUAGCUACUUUAGAAAAUAGUUUGUGAAUUAUUUUCCCCCUUUAUAUACUGUAUUGAUAAA